AUGACAGAAGCUACUGCCAAAGACUUUCGUCCUAUUUCUGUUACAUGCCUCUUUGCCCGGUUGGCAGAGUCUAUGGUAGUCUACCGUGCCGAGAGCCAGCUGGAAAGAGAUGAUGCGACUGGAAACGAGACUGGAGAACUCGACAACGACGAGUUACACCCCAAACAAUCUACCUUAAUGACGAAUGGUUACCAGUUAAAGAUGAGGCACGGGUACUUGGCGUUAUAUUUGAUACGACUCUCAGCUGGAGGAGUCACAUCAAAAAACUACGGCAGGGCUGCUAUCGAAUGGCCAUCAAAUCAAUCCUUGGGUGUCGAAAAUGGUCCUCCCCCGGUCUUGCCCUUCGACUAG